AUGUCUUCUAUCAGAAGGGUACCUCAGACAACUCCCGCAUUACUUCCUUCUAUCCUGGCACCUGCACGCCCAUAUGGCCCGCGGUCUCUGCCUUUGCUUGUGAACUCUCAGCCAUCUCGAGGGUUGGUCGAAACCAAGAAGGCACGAAAGCCCGCCGUAGCCCCGGACCUUAGUGACCUGUACCAAGAGACGAAUUACUUGCGAAGUAUCGUUCGAAGUAUUCCAUUUAUCUUCGAGAAGCCUUCAGCCCCAGCCCCAGCACCAGCAACUCCCCAGAGCGCUGAGUUUCAGUUUCCCUUGGCAACACUCUUCAAGGCUCCCACACGCGAGCUCGGGCUCUCACUCAAAGAUGCCUAUCUCAGUGCAUUAUAUGAGCAUGGAAUCGUCGGCAUCGAGCUCGGGUUUGAAGAUCCAGACAGUCAGUUCAUCCUGGAUGUUGUCAAGACACUUGGAUUCGAGGCAGACACGCACUCCAACACUCAAGGUGCUCUCUGGGAUGUCACAUUUAAGCCUGAAGGUGUGCUGAGUACAGCCAAUGGAAAGACGGCACACAGUAUCUCGCAUUCCCUGGGCGAGUUCGCUUGGCACACUGAUGGUGCUUUUGAACAGAAGCCAACUCGCUUUUUUGGUUUCCAUAUCAUUCAUCCAGACAAGAUGGGCGGCGGUGUCUUCCGGGUACUUAAAGCAGAAGACUUAUUCUCGCUGCUCUCUCCUUCGACCGUUGAUGUCCUUACGAACUUCGAAUUCGAUCUCCGAGUACCUCCGGAAUUCCACAAGGGAGUUGACACGGUGAAAGGAAAAGUCCUCCAUAUUGAUAGUGAAGGCAAGCCAUACGUCCGAUACCGACGCGAUAUCUUUCUUGAUCCGCCAAGCGCCAACAAGGCAGCAUGUGAUGCUGUGGCCGAACUUACACAACUCCUCAACGAACCAGAAAAGAUUGGCGAGGCGGUCCCUUCGUUCGCAUUCAAGGAGAACAUGGUCUUGCUCAUGGACAAUGCUCGGUUCCUGCACUCUCGGACAGACAUCAAGGACCGGAGGCGCUGGUUGCGACGAGUAAGAUUCCACGAGAAUCCAUCCAUCAAGGCAUGA